UCUCUAUAAUUAAUUUGCAAAUUUAAAAUGUUAAUGACUCCUAAAGAUAAGUACAUCACCAUGACAGAGCGAUGUAAUAGAAUAAUUGGUAGAAACUCUUCAUCCAAAACGAGAAGAACAGGCUCUAAGAUAUAUGACUUGACUGACAUUGAAGAAGGGGCCAAAACUUCAGACCCUUUUGCAAGCCUGAUGCUGAAGAAGCAAGCACCGCAAAUUUUCAGAAGUCUUCUCAACAAACGGGAGGAAGACUAUCAAGCCUUUAUCAGACACAAUCAGGAUGUUAAAAGAGUAAAGCAGUUUAAAUACAACCUACUGUUCCGAGAAGCAUGGAAGCGUGACAAAGUUGUGGAUGUUUCUAGUGAAAUGUCCAAGUAUAACGGGAACUUGAAGCAAAGAUUUGACACAAAGGCUGACAUUUUUGUUGUCUGACUCCCUGAUGAAAGACUCGAUGAGCUUGUAAAUAUUAUCCAUGGGAGGGUUCAAAGAGAAACAACUUAUUGGAUGUUCAAAAAUGAAGCUACAGCUGCACCUGAGAUACGAUUCAAGCUAAGGGAAAAAGGCUCUAUCAACAAAAAUUGCCUUGCUAAAAAGAGUGCUCGUAGGAAGACCCUACUCAGCCCUUCUCAUUUCAUCCCUGCUGAAGAGUCAGAGUGAAAAGAGGAUGAAGAAGAUGAUACAAUCACUAUAAAAAUGACUCAAAAAGAAAUUGACUGAAUUAACUUAUACUCAAUUCUCUUACAAGGACAGAAUGCUCACAGCUCUGAACUAAGUAAUCUAAUAUUACCUGAGAAGUACAUUGAGUCAUUCCUGAUCUUCUACCGAAAACAAAGAGCUGAAUACUACCUUGGGAAGAACUUUAAUAUCAAAGAAAUCGAAGACAGAAAUCGAGAGUUUGCCCGUAGAGCUAAAAGAGGCAAUCUCGAAAUUAAAGAUAACGCAAUCAACCAUAUAUUUUGUUGAGCCCCUGACAGAUCCAGAAAAGUUAAAGAGCGGACAAAAAGGAAUAAUGGAGUAGAAUUUCAUGUCUUUGAUCCAUGAGGAAUUGACAAAAAUGGAGUUGUCAGGCCAGAUGUCAACCUAUUUGAAAUAAACACCCCAAGAGGAGUUACUGUAUUCCCAAAUAGAAGAGAAUGCAAAGAAAUUAAAGCGAGAAUGGAUAUGAUUAAGAGUAGCCACUACAGAGCUAUUACCAAACUCAAGCAAACACCAAAGAUUGAGAAAAAGAUCAGGAUUCCUGAACCGAACCACGCUAUGAAGUACUGAAAGGUAUGCGACAGGUAUUACCAGAAGUACCUUGAACAUAUUGACUCUCAAAAUCACAAAUUAGCGACAUUAGGAAUUAUUAAUCGAGAAAAUUACCAAAAAAUUGAUGACUUCUUUUCGGAACUCAAUAAAGAGCACGAAGAUAACAUCUCUAUGAGACAAGAAGAGAAAGAAGAUAAAGAGAACAAACCUCAGAACUUUGAAGAGUUAAGCCUCAGAGAAGAUAGUCGGGUCCCUCCUAAAGAAAAUGCAAACAGCUCUUCAGCAAUCUCUGGUUUGCCAACAGGAGGAGUUUCACAAGAAAUAGGGUAUAAUGCCUUGACUAAAAGCUCAAGCAAAAAUUUGAGAAUAAAAAGAAAUCAUGAUGGGAGUAAGAGCUACAUGAGCAAAACCAGAAUACAAGGCAAAAAGUCAGUAGAUAAUGGAGAAAAAUUUAGCAGAGAAGAAUUGAACCAGGUGGAUUCAGAGCAAAGCUUCCAGAUCAUUAUCUCAGAAGGUAGCUCAGUGGAAUACUCAGUAAGGCCUUCUCCAAAGAAUGAGGACUUAAAAAGAUCACCAAAGACAGCCUUGAAGAAAGCCAGACUAAUAAUGUAAUUUUA